AAAACAAUCCCAGUUUCCAGGCCACAGCACAGCAAGCAUUACGGUAAAGAUUUAAAAGACGCGCUUGCUCCCCCUGGCGGUGGAGGUGACAACAUGUCUGAAAAACAGAUGAGGUUGAUCAAAGGUAGUAGUGGACUGUAAGGCGGCUGCCGCAGGAAUGUCUAAGUGGCUGAAUGAUGGAGAAGUGCUGGUGGGCCAAGGCAGAGGUGAGGCAGUCACUUUGACCCCCAGACUGCGGAGCCUGCCCUCUGGCAGCCCCAGGAUGAGUCAAAGACGUAGUCCACUGGCUUCGCCUCGUGCUAGAGAGCCGAUGCCGCUGAGCCCACAGGCAGAGACCAUGGGUAAGGCCAAGGAGCUCUUUGUCCUGUGUGACAAAGAGGGGAAAGGCUUCAUCACAAAACGAGACAUGCAGAGGCUAGAGGGCGAGCUGCCACUGUCCCCAGAACAGCUGGAGACUGUAUUUGAAAGUUUGGACCGAGAGAACAACGGAUUCCUCACGCCUGUUGAGUUCAAAACAGGACUUGGUGAACUGAUGGGUCUGGAUGAAACUGAGCUGAGCCCAGAUGGAAGAGAAGCAGAGAGGGACGAAGUAGACUGGUCCCAGGACCCCACCGCUGCCAGAUUUGUCAACAUACUAAUGGAGCUUGGCGCUGACGAGAUUUUCAGAGACAGGCAGGAGCUUUUCUCGCUGUGGUGUGAGCUCCAGAGAGACAGCCCAGAGGUGCUCAGUGCCAUGGAUGCACUCUUGGUCCAUGCCGUGUCCCAUCUGCAAGACGCCAUCAGAGAAAGAGACUGUCUGGAACAAGCUCUCUGCAGAAGGGAGAGCGAACAUGACACGAUGGUCCGAUCCAUAUAUGAAGAAAUGGAAAGCCAGAUCAGGGAGGAAAAAGAGAAAUGGGUUGCUCAGGACAGCUUUAAGGAAAAGCAGAGAGGUCAACAGCUUGAGGAGGAGCUGAGGAUGCGGGAGCAGGAGUUGGAGAACACAAUGAGCAAACAGAAAGAGCUUGAGACCAGAAUCCGAACUCUGAAUUAUGAGCAAACCAAUAUCAGGGAGCAGAACCUGCAGCUGCGGCGCCUCAACAGCCAGUUGCAGGAGCAGGUGAAGAGCAGCAGAGAGCGGCUCCAGUCUGCUCUGCGUCAGCUCAGCCUGCUGCAGGCCAGUGCCGCUCAGGAGCAGAUGGCCCGACAGAGAAAUGUAACAAGGGUAUCAAGAAAUAUCAAAAAGGAAAAGGAAAGUCUCUCGAGACAACUUGAGAUAUUAAGAGAUAUGAACAGAAGGCUACGAGAUGAGAAGGAUGCGCAGCAAUCACUUAAGAUGAAUCCAAACAUCAAGUCUCUGCAGAAGAGAGGGUCAAUUUUAAGCAACUACUUACUGCAAGACAAGCCAGUGAGAAGACCGCUGAACUCUUCUGAGUUGGAGCUGACAGAUACGAAAGAGGUCACAGAUUCAUCCAAGACACUCCUACCGCCAUGUAAAGUCGUAGGUGAAAAUGUUGAGCAGAUGCAAACUCAGACCAGACUUCUGAGUCCACAGCGAGUGUUCAAGGUGGUUUUUCUGGGUAACUCGGGGGUGGGAAAGACUUCCUUCAUCCAGCACUACUGCACAGGACACUACUACAGUAAAAUGAGUUCUACUGUGGGUGUAGAUUUCCAGAUGAAGACUUUAAUUCUGAACUCCACCACUAUCACAUUGCAGCUGUGGGACACUGCGGGCCAGGAGAGGUAUUGCAGCAUCACUGAACAGUAUUACCGAAAGGCAGAUGGCGUCCUUGCUUUGUAUGACAUAACUCACCCACCCUCCUUCUGUGCGGUGAGAGGAUGGAUGGAUUCUGUGAAGGACAAGAUGUGUGAAGGGACUGUGCUGAUGCUGCUUGGAAACAAGCUGGACUUAGCAGACAAUAACAACAGAGAAGUGACAAGAGGCGAGGGCGAGAGGCUGGCAGAGUAUUACCAGGCUUUGUUUCAUGAGUGCAGCGCCAAGACUGGAGAUAACAUGGACGAGCUGAUGGUUCACCUGGCUGAGAUGCUGGUGACCAAGGAUGUUCGGCAAUGUGAGGACGCUUUUUUACUGACACAGGACGCUGCUCAGAGAAGUUGCUGUGCCCACAGGAAAAAGUAGAGUUGAUGCUUUUGGAAAGCUUUGUUGCUGAAAAACACCCAAGAUUCGAAGUUCAUUGUCGUCUCACACCAACAUCCUUAAAAUGACCUCAACUUGUAUAGCGCUUUAUCAAGUCCGAGGACCCCAAAGCGCUUUAUACUACAAUCAGUCAUCCACCCACUGACGGUGGUAGGCCACAAUGAGGCUGCCAUACAAUCGGUACCACGGACCCAAGGACACAACAACUGGGACAGACAGAGCGGGGUUCGAACCGGCAACCCACCGGUCUCAAGGUCAACCCCCACUACUGUCGCCACCAUUGCCCCAAGAUUAUACAAGAAAUUGUCUGUUUUCUGUAAAGUUGUCUGGCCUACUUUGUAAUGCCAUGUCUUUUUUAUAAAAUAUAUUUAUGAA